ACUAACUUCAGCAAAGGAAUGAGAAGAACAAAAGUUAAGAUUCCAACAAAUAUACAAACAUGUUGUCCGGCUGCCCCGAUGAGCUGCCCAAUCCCCACAAAAACUGCCUGCACGAAAUGUUGCAGGCGCUGAUCUGCAACGACAACGAUGUGAAGCGCUUGAACACGGAGCUGCGCAAUCUCCAACUGGAGCUGCAGGCGGAGCUGGACAAGAUCAACAAGGCGAACCAGAAGUGCGGUCACGAGAAGCGGGGCAAGGUGGUGUGCGAGAGCAUCGAGGACAUGACCAAGUUCGCCCAGCGGAUCAGCAGUCUGGACGAGGUGAAGACCCAUUUCAGCCGGCGAAGUGAAGAGAUACGGAAGCGGCGGGACAACAUCAUCGUCUAUGCCCGUCAGUGCCUGUAUGCCUACAACGAGGAGAAGUGCAAGUUCAAGUCCUUCCAUGAGAACACGGUUGACUACAUCAAGCGCACAGCGACCCUUUCCCAGGAUACUGAGGUGAUCCGGGGCUGUGAGAAGGAUAUAUGUGAGCUCCACAAGCGCUUCGUUCGCGAGGGCAAGCUGAAGAGUUGCGAGUCGGAGCUUUUGCCGUUCUUCAAGCUGCUCAAGGAAUCGGAUCCGACCUACUGUGAGUGCUGCUUUAAGGGAUAUGACUGGCUUCCGAAGGGAAAGAACUUGGAGUCUGUGGAUGCGAUGGCCGGCGAGAUCAAGGAGCAGAUGGGCGAUGUCCUUCGUCGGGCCUUCGCCCAGCUGCACCUUCAUUCGCCACAGGACCCGCGUGCCUUCAUUGCCGCCUAUCUGAUGAACCUGGAUCGCAACGAACAAGAAAUGAAGGAGAAGGUCGGUCUCUUCCAGGCAGAUCCGGUGGUCAAACUGCAGGAGCUUUCGGACCCCACAUUCCACUGCGAGGAUACCUGUCCUCCACCUCCACCCGAAUAGUGCCACAAAGGUCUCUUUUAGUUCACUUGACAAACGAUUGCAUUCAUCUUAAAAUUGUCUAAAC